UAAUAUAUAAAAUCCAUGGAAGGUUGCAUACAUACUUUAUUCCAGAUUAGGGCUGGUAAAUGUCUGGUAGAAGGCGACCUUGUGCAGCCAGACUUGCGCAAGGGUACUUUAGCGCUGGUUCGGACUGAGGACCAGUUAUUGCGGGUACAAUGGAGUUUGCGCGACAGUCUGGAGCCUGAGGAGGCGUUUUAUGUCUUUGAGGAUGCCUACUUGGUACGGAUUGACGAAUGCACUGAUGGCCACGUAUACGCCCUAAGAUUCACUGAGAACGACCAGGAAUUGUUAUACUGGAUGCAGGAGACCUCCAUUGGUAUUAUCAAGGGUUUUGUUGACAUGGUGAACCAUACUAUCGGAUAUCGUCAGGAUAACCGGGAGUGUACCAUGAUGGACUUGGAGUAGUCCUAGGUUAGUACCGAUCUUUUUGGUAUCCACAACCACGCUGCGUGGUACCCCUAAAAACAUACAACUGCUUAAUGCUAGCUUUCAGUU